ACUAACUCUGAAUCUCCUACACCUUCGUCCUUUGGCCCCAUGAGAAGCAUACCAUGUGAUGACCAAGUUGGUGGGUUUGAUUGGAUGGUCCUUGUGGCAGCCAUUCUAUGUGCCUUGGUGUGUGCUCUUGGCCUCAACACGAUGCUGCAAUGUGUAUUCCAAUGUGCUUCUCGUGUUCUGACGCAACCUCGCCAAUGGAUGGCUUCUCGCAGGCUGAAUUCUGGUCUGAAGAGGAAGGAAAUGGUGGGUUUGCCAACCUCAACCUUCACAAACUCUCCCUCUCCAUCUUCACCUUCUACCUGUGUCAUUUGCUUGGCUGAGUUCUCUGAUGGAGACCCUAUAAGAAGGUGAUGAGUGUUCAGUGGAGCAAGCGUUGGAAGACGAUGGUCCUGCAGCUUAGUUAAGAUCGUUCGGUCAUUAGACUGAGC